AUGGAAGGAAUUCUUCCUCUACCUCAACCACCACAACAACAACCUUUCCGCCGUCCAAAUCGGCCUCAUAAGCAGCUACCUACGCCGCAAGCAGGUAGACCACCACAAUAUCAAAGGAUGUAUGCUAUCGACCAGAAGAAUCAGGAUAAGAAUCAAGGAAACUUAACAGGUAUUGGGGAACUGAAAGGUGUACCCAUUGUUAUUCUCUUUGAUACAGGCACAUCACAUUCUUUCAUCUCAUAUACAUGUGUGGAUACGUUAGAGCUGAACGUAGAACCAGCCCAGCUACACUUAAGGGUAGCCACUCCCUUAGGGAAGGUCACUACGGUUACACAUGUGUGUCCUAACUUGGAAUUCGAAUUGGGACCUCUUAAGCUUAAGGCUAAGACGUUGAGACUUAUGCGAAUGUGGAGCACAUAUAUCAUUUUGGGAAUGGACUGGUUAGCAGAACACUAUGCGGUGAUACAGUGCGAGCAGAGACAGAUAUCAUUCCAGCCACCAGGCAAGGAACCUACGUAUUUUUAUAACAUCAAUAGAAAAUGGAAGAAGACACCUAUCAUCUUUGCAUUACAAGCAAACAAGAUACUAAAAGAAAAGGGUCUACCCCCGAAUCGACAAUUGGAAUUCACGAUCAAUUUAGAACCUGGAGCAGCACCAAUAUCCAAAGCACCAUAUAGGAUGGUACCAGCAGAAUUGCAAGAACUGAAGUUACAAUUACAAGAGUUGUUAGAUAUGGGAUUCAUUCGACCCAGUGCUUCGCCUUGGGAAGCACCGGUCCUGUUUAUCAAAAAGAAAGAUGGAAGUUUAAGAUUGUGUAUCGACUAUCGGGAAUUGAACAAGGUGACCUUAAAGAACAAGUAUCUGUUGCCACUAUUCAUAGACGACAUCCUGAUUUACUCGAAGAAUGAGAAGGAGCUUGAAGAGCACCUUAGGACUGUGCUAGAUAAGCUAAGAGCUGAAAAGCUUUACGCUAAGUUUAGCAAAUGA